UAAGCCACGAAAAUAUAACAUGUACAAGCUCAGAAGAUUAGGACCAGAAAAUCAAGUAAUCUAACAUCAGUGAAUGGAGGAGCCUUUUGAGGAUUCAACUGGUUUUAGGCAAAAUAAAAAAAUGUCAAUUUUGGUCCAAGCCCUCCCCAUAGUAACGUUCUAAGCGCGAAAUACAAACAUUCCCCCAUUAGACUCCAACAAUGUCGGCCGAAGAUACUUCAUGGGUCUUUGACUCGCUGGUAGCCUUUCUGAACGGCCCCAUAUGGAACGCCCCCCUGCAAAGCUUCGUUGAAGAAAAAUCGCUCAUCUUCGAGCCAAACGCUCCAGAUAAUGAGCAAUACCAGGCAAUUUUCGAAGAAUUCAAAAAUCUGGUGGACUUCAUGCUGGGCACCUUCAUGGAAGACAUCGGAAUCAGCGCCCAGCAGUUCCAAGAAGCGUGCGCUGAAGGCAAACGCUAUCCUGCCUCAUUCGAAAACAACAUCUUCGAGCAGAUCUGGGCUGCCAACGAUUUCCAAAUGUUCGUGAGAAUGAUGACCGAGCGCAAUGUGGAGCUGCAGCUUCAAGCCUUGGAGCUGAUUGAGCGCAAGUAUGGCAUCACUCCUCAGUCGUUUGUGCCCAAAGGGGGCGAAGCUGAGCCACAACCAGAGUCAGCUUCGGUCAUAGUGGAGCGGGAGUCCAAGCUGGAGAGGGAGAUUUUGGAGGAGGUUGCUAAACGCUUUGCUGAAGAAGCCCCAUCCACAUCUGCAAUGGAGAUCGAGGAACUAAUCGAGCAAAAGCCCAUUUUGCAGCAAAAACUCAAGGCAACUAGAGUGACAUUCGUGGACGAAACCGUGGACAAAGCGCCAGAAAAACCCGCCAACUUCAAGCCCAUAGAGGUGGACGCUUCGGAGCUGAGGAAGCGCCAGGAGUACCUGCGGGCGCAAAGAGACAAGCUGGUUGCCAUGAAAAAGGAAGCGCGUCAAAAGCAGCUAAGCAGCGAAGCUGCCUCGAAGGCUAGAAACCGGCCGAAGUCAGCCAAAGCAGCUGAAGCUGUGCUGAAUGGGGCUAAAGGCGGCAUUCGGGCCAGCGAGCUGCAAAUCCGCAAAACACUCGCGGAGCGCUUGAAGGCCGAGGUUAUUGAGAAACAAGGGAAUUAGUCGCUUCGGUGUUCACUUUCAUCUUAUAUAUAUUUACCUAAAUAUAACGAGUACAUAUUUUAUAUUACAACCUUCUCAAAACAUGGAUUUAUUGCAGGAAACGGAGCUGAAAAUGGUUAUGAUGUGGCUGGUAUAAAAA